AUGCUCGCUACUCGACGCAGCGACACGGAACUGAGCCAUCCUUGGUCCUUUAGCAAGCUAGAGACAUCCUCGUCCGCGCUCUCUCUCAAGCAUUCGCCGCCCAGUCCCGGUACACGCAUGUCGAAUACCGGCUUCGAGACGCCGUUGUCGAACGCCGCCACAGAGUGGUCGGGCCAGUACUCUUUCUUGCCGCCGGCCGAGCCCAUCUUUGCAGCUCAGGCCUACGACCAUGUGAACGGCGGUGCUGGUAGCGGCAACGGUAGUGCCGGUUCCGGAGGAGUUGUCGAUUCAUCAACUACAAGCAGCGGGACGAGCACCACGAACAAUGGUGUGGCCAACACCGGCGGCCAGACGCAGACCCGGCCAUCAACGGGCACUAACGGAGACGGCAGUGGCGGCGGAAGCAUCAAGGAUGAUUCAUCUCUCAACGCUGGCGCAUCGCCUUUGGGCCUCCACCAUCGCCGCAGCAUCGACCCUCUUGGCCUGCGCCAGCAUUCUGUGAGCGGGACAGCACAAACGACAGUGGCAUCGCACAACCUCAGUGGCAAGACACCACCCACGCCGACCACGGCCACGAGCGAGCAGCACCAGCAUCACCAGAAUCAUUAUGGCCAACACACACAUGGCAGCGAUGUGGUGUCUAUGGCAGCAAAUCCGCUUUCCUCUGUCCUCCAGCAGCAGCAGCCCGAUAUCCACUCUGCUGGCAGCGGUGGCGAGGAUCACUCAGGUCUCAAGGAUGACGACGAUGAUUUGAUCGACGACGAGGACAUGGGCGAGGCCGGUGAAGGAGACGGGGCACCGGCACCAGCGCAAACCGCAGCCGAACGGACAGCCCAAAGGCGGAAAAUGAAGCGGUUUCGCCUCACGCACCAGCAAACACGCUUUCUCAUGAGCGAAUUCGCCAAGCAGCCUCACCCGGAUGCCGCACAUCGAGAGCGGCUGUCGCGUCAGAUUCCAGGCCUCAGCCCGCGACAAGUUCAGGUGUGGUUCCAGAACCGUCGCGCCAAAAUCAAGCGCCUCGCAGCCGAUGACCGGGAGCGCAUGAUCAAGAUGCGUGCGGUGCCCGACGACUUUGACAAUGUCCAAGCUCUGCAUUCACCUUAUGGCGCCGUCCACGGCCUCGGUACGCCCAUGGCUUCGCCUGUCGAUUACGGUGCAGCGGCAGCAGCAGCAGCAGCCGCAGCGUCGUCGUACUCCGACCACAUGAUGCGGCCCUUGAUGGUCGACGUACGGCGCACCGAUGGCACCAACACCAGUGGUGGAGACGACCAAAGCCAACACUCACAACACCAGCAACACUCUCACCUCCAGCACAGCCACCAUAGUCACCACCUUUCGCCAACAGGACUCAGUCCCGGAUUUGGUAACAUUGGUUUCGGCACGGCGGCUACGGGUGGCAUGGGCAGCUCCGACAUUUUGUCGCCACUAUCGCCAGCAUCUAACACGGAUCAUCGUUACAGCAGCUACUCGAGCCUCUCGUCCGGUGUCACCGGAACCACGACAGCCGGAAGUGGUUCAAAUAUGAGUCCGCGCACAGCAAUCCCUUACACGCGCCAGAACAGCGGGAAUGGAAGUCUUGAUGGCAGCCAAAACCAGAACCAACAGAGCCAGUCGCAGCAAUCCGCCAACCAACGCCACCACAUCCGUCCUUUGCAACCGCUGCAGCUGCGAGAAACCGUGUCGCGCUCGCGAUCCGACAACUUGCAGUCCCCUCUGCGAUCGAGCAUGUCAUGGAAGGGUGACUCGCUUGACUACAGUAACUACCACCAUGGUAGCGCAACGGGCGGCGCUGGAAGCACGAGCCCUGGCCGUUCAUCUCUUUACCCAUCUGACGGACUGGGCAACGGGUCAUCGUCUGCCGGUCUCAGUGGCUACGAUUCGUAUUCUGGCUCUACCGUCCAUUCACCGACGCACAUGGCCUAUCCGGGUUACCAAACGUCUCCGGGUAUUCAAGCAGCGGCCAACAACAACCAGAGCCGAUCCUCGCGCCUCCGCGCCGCUUCAGCUACACUGCCCUUGGCCCUUGACCUACGCACGACCGGUGUCGGGACCGGCAGCAUGGGUGGUGGCUCGCCGUAUCGCAGUAUCAGUACCGCCGCUGGGGCGCUCUCACCGACCGCAGGCACACCGCGCCAACAACAACAAAUGGGGAGUCUGAAUGGCCUCGUCUCGUCGUCGGGCUACGGAACCAACUAUGCCACGAGUUAUGCCUCGAAUAACUUUGCCACGACGGCACCGCUUACCGCACCGCUCGACUUUAGUAUGUCUUCGUCCGUGUCGCGCACAGGCGCCGGGAGCGGGAUAGGUUAUCGAACAGGAUCGACAUCGUCCAUGUCCAACGGCGGUGUCACGGACUACACUUCGAUGCCACAGAUGAGCGCCCCCUUGGCACCGCCGAAUGACUUUUCGCAGGCAUUUCUAGGUACCGGUGCAGGUACGUCUGGAGCUGUAUCGGCGUCGGUCUCGGCUACUUCCAUCGCGGCACUCAGCAACAACACAAGCGGUGGACGAGCCUCAUCGUAUGGCACAGGACUAGGACACCACACAUCGACAUCCAUUGGUAGCGGUCUCGAUCGCAGCAGCACGGGUGGUACUACGGCUUCAACAGUGGCAACAGCAAUUACAGUGGGUAGUGGAACCACGACAACCGACUUUUCUACCUCCCCAACCGACACCGCCGCUGGCCUCGGAGGUCUCAAGCGCAAGCACAGCUUCACAACCGGUGCGAAUACGAACACCAACGUCUACGGCAGCACGGCGUAA